CCCUCAAUAACGCGUUCGAUAUGCUCUAUGACGCCUGAGGGUCGUGUCAUGGAAGAGGAUGACCUUGAAUCAGUUAUCAGUGAUCGAGAAAGUUUAUACCAGGAUUAUGCCCUUGCUGGUGAUGAUACAACAAUAACAAAUACACUAUCCAGAAAACGACCAUCAACAAAUGUGCCACCAAUUUCGCAACUCAACUCCGAGGUUGUAAAACGAUUAUCGGAGGAAGAUCGACAGUUGUUGCGAUUCUAUUCGCCACAAUUGGAUGCACAUACCGAAUUCCUCUCGAAGGCAAUCGAGGAAUUUUUAACAGUUGUUGAAGAGCAACUUCCACCCAGGGAAUUCGUUCAAAAGGGGAAAUUGGUUCGUUUCGAGCUCUAUUUUUUGGCCACUCUCCAUUAUUGA